AUGGUGAGUACGCAUGCGUUUCUUCUGGUAUUUGUGAUGGCUGCUCUGGCGGUGCUCGGUCUGUUGCUGCUAAGUCUAAGUGCUGCUGUUGGAUACAAGACUUACAACGUUUUCGACUUUAAGGCCGUGGGUGAUGGCCAAACUGAUGAUACUAAUGCGUUCGUACAAGCAUGGGCAGCAGCUUGUGCAGAUACCAGAUCACCGGUGAUUCUCGUCCCUUCAGGGAAGACGUUCUUGAUAGGUGAAAUAACACUGUCGGGCCCCUGCAAUUCCAGCAUUGAUUUUCGGCUACAAGGGGACAUUGUGGCACCAAAUUCGAAGUGGACGAACGAUAAGGCAAGCUUGUUGACCUUCACGUACGUGAACCGUCUGAUCGUGCACGGCUACGGGCAGAUCGAUGGCAGAGGCCAACUUUGGUGGGACCUCUUCAACAAAAAGACCUUAACCUUCCGUCACUGCAACGAUCUUUAUGUGAAAGGAAUAACGAUAAAGAACGGCCCCGAUAAGCAUAUGACCUUCUUCAAAUGCGUCGGCGUGACGAUUAGCUGGGUCAAGAUAACAGCGCCGGGCGACAGCCCCAACACAGACGGGAUGUUCUUCUCCGGAUGCCAGAACGUCGACGUCUCCGGCUCAAUUAUCGGAACAGGAGAUGAUUGCGUAGCUAUCGGCCCCGACUGCUCAAAGAUCAACAUCAACCGCGUCCGUUGCGGCCCUGGCCAUGGCUUCAGCAUUGGCAGUCUGGGAAGGGAUGGUGCGGAACAAUCAGUUGAGAACAUUCGUGUAUCCGAUUCCAGUGUAACAGAUGCUCUCACAGGCGCAAGAAUCAAGACAUGGCAGGGAGGAUCUGGAUAUGUCAGAGGCAUCGUGUUUGUGAAUAUGAGGCUCUACUCGGUUAAGACGCCAAUUAUGAUCGACCAAUUCUACUGUAAUGGUAACAGUUGCCAAAACCAAACCUCCGCGGUGGCAAUAAGCGACGUGCAGUUUGUGAAUAUUUCUGGGACGACCAUCAAGGAGAACCCCAUCAAAAUACUCUGCAGCAAGAGCGUUCCAUGUAAAGGCAUCCACCUGGAGAAUGUGAAGCUCUCCAUGGUUGGAGGGACAACUCCAGUGAAAUCUGUUUGCAUCAAUGCCAACGACUGCCAAUUCAUUCGAGUCGACCCAGACGUCCAAUGUGUUGCUGGAUAG